AUGGAUUUUGACAGAGAAGCUGAUCAAGAAUUGGAAUUUUCCACUUCGAAAAAUGUGGAAGUUUGCUCCAGUUUUGAAGAUAUGAACUUGAAAGAUGAACUUCUAAAAGGGAUUUACAGUUAUGGUUUUGAAGCACCAUCAGCCAUUCAAUCACGAGCCAUUUUGCAAAUUAUUUCUGGGAGGGACACUAUUGCUCAAGCACAGUCUGGUACUGGUAAGACUGCCACUUUCUCGAUUGGUAUCUUAGAAGUUUUAGAUACAAAGGUUAGGGAUUGUCAGGCAUUAGUAUUAUCUCCAACCAGAGAAUUGGCAACCCAAAUUCAAAAUGUUGUUAAGUCUUUGGGGGAUUAUAUGAAGAUCCAAUGCCAUGCGUGUAUUGGUGGUACACACGUUGGAGAUGAUAUCAAACAAUUAAAUAGGGGACAACAUAUCAUUAGUGGGACACCGGGGAGAGUGUGCGAUAUGGUCAAGAAGAGAAAUUUAAACACCAGACACAUAAAGAUGUUGAUUCUUGAUGAGGCGGAUGAAUUGUUAUCCAAAGGUUUCAAACAACAGAUAUAUGAAAUUUACAGAUACUUGCCUCCUGGAACCCAGGUGGUAGUUGUUAGUGCCACUUUACCAAACGACGUGCUAGAGAUGACCUCUAAAUUCAUGACCGAUCCUGUGAAGAUCUUGGUUAAAAGAGAUGAAAUCACUCUUGAGGGUAUCAAACAGUACUAUAUCGAUGUUGAUAAGGAAGAAUGGAAGUUUGACACCUUAUGUGAUUUGUACGAUUCUCUUACAAUUACUCAGGCAGUGAUUUUCUGUAAUACUAAAAAGAAGGUUGAUUGGCUUGCAGCAAAAAUGAAAGAGGCCAACUUCACAAUAGUGUCGAUGCACGGUGAUAUGAAACAAGAUGAAAGAGAUCGAAUCAUGAAUAACUUCAGAUUGGGGAAUUCCAGAGUUUUGAUUUCCACUGAUGUUUGGGCAAGAGGUAUUGAUGUGCAACAAGUUUCUUUGGUCAUUAAUUAUGAUUUACCUACUGAUAGAGAAAACUAUAUCCAUAGAAUUGGUAGAUCUGGUAGAUUUGGUAGAAAAGGUGUGGCCAUCAACUUUGUUGCUAGUGAAGACGUUGGCGCGUUACAUGAUAUCGAGCAGUAUUAUAGUACCCAGAUUGAGGAGAUGCCGGUAAAUGUCAGUGAAGUUAUGUGA